AUCAGGAAGAAGCUAAAGACAAAGAAGAGGAAUACGAAGAAGAAUCUGAAGAAGAAACUGAGAAAAAGAAAGGCGCGCAGGGUGUUAUUGAGAUCGAAAAUCCUAAUUUGGUAAAACCAAAGAAUUUGAAAGUGAGAGACGUUGAUACUGCUGCAGAGUGGGAACGUCGUAGAGAAAAUUUUGUCAAAGAGCUAGAUUUUGUUAUUGCAGACUUGGUAUAGCUCUUUUUCAUGAUUAGAGUGUUGUGAACAUUGUUCUUUCUUCUCAUAUUGUUUUUCCUUGGAAUGCUGAAUAUUAAUACCAAUCAGUACUAUAUGACUGCUGUGGUUAACCAUAUUUUUUAAUUUGAAUUUUGAACCAUUUAUAACUUCGAAGUAAUUCACUAUAUCAUGAAUUAGUUGGAUGCAUGAUGCUAGGUAAAAGUAUACAAGCAACAUAUCUGAUGUUGAGGUAUUUAUACGGGCACAAGUACAUUGAAUUUUUACUGUCUGAAAUUCUCUAUUUUUAGGCAUCCAUUUUCCAAUAUGGAAUUGGAGAAAUGGACUUAAAAUGGAUAUUUUUUAUUUUCAUUUUCAUGAACAUAUGGGGUUUGUUAUUAAAAGUGAGCCAUGUUGAUUCUGCUGUGAGUAUUGUCCACCACUUUCAUAAAAUUUGUGUAAUUUCUGUUGCUUAUGUGGGUAUGAAAAGCCUGUGAAAGGAAGGAAAAUCAGGUGGGCCCCAUAGUCAAAUCAGCGGUAGUUGUCCACUCUCAAAUUGUUCUAUGGUGUGCCCAUAUUCAAAUUUUUUGCUUCUGCUUCAAGGGUAUUCCACGUAUUCAAAUUUUCAGAGGGAAACAGAGAAUUUUAUGAAUUGUUUGGGUGAAUUUUGGGAAAAUAGAGUAUACUGAUGCCAUUCACUACAUGACGGUUUUUGGUAUUUCAAUGGUUUUAUGGUUUUUCCCAAGCAGUUGUCUGUAUUGGAAUCAAGUGAUUGAAUGUCCAGUCUAUAUUAUUGAGCUUUUAUACCAACUUCAACUGAAUUAACAGAAUUUUCAUUCGAGGCCAAUAGUCUGUACAGAUGGGGAUAUUUUGCAUUGAUGAUGAUGAUAUAGAUCAUUUGUCUGGUGGAUCCCAAUGUGAAUGUUCAACAGAUCAGAAAUCUACUCUGUUGAACAAUCACAAGUAUCUGAUCGGUGGACUUCUUCGAGUUGCAUAUGCAUAUCUCUAGUUGCUGCAUCAUUUCAUCUACAAUUUGAUGUUUACAGAUGUUUCUGCAUCAUAAAUACUAGUAAUGUAAUUACAAUUUGAUCAUUGCCGGUCUACAAUUUGAUCUUUCCUAUUAACUAAAUUAUGUAUUUCAAGGUUAUUUUCUCCAUCAAUGCAAGGCGGAGAUGAAAGAUUCCUUGAGAAAGGUUCAUAUGUAUGUAGAUUCUCAAGAAAAGGUUAUAGCUCAGUAUCAGCGGAAAUGGUAAGAAGGCAAGCUUUAUUUCUAGGUGACUCAGAGCUGCAGCAACUGCUUCACAUCUUCAGGGAAAGAAAAAACUGGAAAAGGACUAUAAGAGUUCUUGUCAAGCAUGAUGUAGCAAGAGCUGCAGGCUUAGGUGGACUAACUACCUUAGGCCUGGGAUCAAACGUGGCAGCUUCACUGAUACUGAGGAGGAGAAGAUCAUCCACCUUCAAGGUCUCUUGGGCAAUAGGUAAAAACACCAUAUCUUUUUCAAUCUAUAUAUACCCAUCUAAGGGCCCAAAUGACUGUUUGAUAACCAGGAAUCCAUUUAAAGUAAACUAGGAAUUCCUAAUAUUUAUUUGAUAAUUAUUUCCUAAGGUACUACUAUGAAUGGAUUCCAAGAGAUUUCAUUUUUAGUGGUGUGUAUGAUUUACAAGUGAAAAUCUUCAAUAUAUCUUAUUAUUGAGGUUGACUUUAAAUUUUGUGGUUCAGAAAUUUAGAAAUGAAAAAGCCUAAUUAUUAUCUUAUAAAAUCUAUAUUUUUCUUUACAAAUCAAACAUGAGAAGUGAUUUAUGUAUA